AUGUGUUCACUGUUUUGUGUCAACAGAGUGUCCGUACUACAGGAACACAUUUUUAACGUGACCAAGAUCCCCAUAAACAAGCAAGUAUUGCUAGUGAGUGGGGGGAUAGCACUCUUGCCAACCCAAAGAGUGUGCGCAUACCCUGUCGGCACUGAUACCAACCCGAUCUUCCUGUACAACAAACAAUACUACCUCCAUCCAGGCAGUACAGUUCCUCUCGACCUGAUGGUUCUUGAAGACGGACCAGAAUUGUCAGAUUUGCAGGAUGAGGUGGAUGAAGGAUUGGCACUUGGAGACAGCAUGAAUGCUCUUGUCCUUCGGGCACAUCUGGCUUUCCGCCUCUGCGGGAUGUCUCAAGUAGCCUUGCAAGCAUGCCAGCGCCUGGUGCACGAACAACACCUUCAACAUCAGGGUUUCAUGAUUGCAAUCGCCAACAUGAGUCUUACAGUGCCAGGUGCCAAAUCUAAAACAGAGGAGUUCCUGACCGUGCUCCAGGAGUUUCUGGAAAAAAAGCCACACUAUUUACAACUGAUAGAAACUUUGGAAGAGGUGGAAGCUACGUUGGCCAACAUUCCUCUGCUGCCGAGUCUGGCAAAGCAAGUCUCCCAGGACCCUAUGACCUCCAUCUCCAGCUGCAAGGAUAUUGAAGAGCAGAGGGACAACAUGACACUACUCGACUGGCUGCAAGCGCGUGGUUCCGGUGACACCGUCCAACAACUCUCGCAGACUUGCAUGAGAGACAUUCAACAGUUCACCGAAGAAACUGUCUCCAACAUACAGACGCCUCUUACAAAGUUGAUGGUCAGCUUUGGGGACAAAAACAUGAGGACUAUCCAAGGCCUUCCAGAGAGGUUUUCUGGUCUUGACAAACUCCUCAAUAAACUCUCUUGUCUUGUGAAGGAACAGGGAGACCUCGCAGAGGCUAUGGAUAUGAAUUCCCGAAAAGCCAACAUGCUGGGAGACACAUCCAUUCUGCCAGACCUGUGCAUGAGUCACCGGCGCCAGUUAAUUAUAAUGCAGAGAAACCAUGGGAAAAUCAUGGAGAUUAACUGGCGCGUGGAUCAUGCAAAGAGGGAGAUGAUCAAGAUCCUGAAUGGACGUUUGAAAUGGACAUACAGUGUUCAGUGCCAGAUGGCAGCAUUAUUAGAACACACUCACAUGAGUUCCUCCGGGUUGGCGACACUGAAGGAAAAGCUAAACUUAGUUCAGCAGAUCCACACUGUCCCUAGGCUCUAUUUCACAGCUGUGGAAGAAGUCGUACGCAGGAGAAAAUUCUCUUGUACAUUUCUUAAGUGGGCCAAUGGAAUCUCUAGUCAACUAAGCUCAAUUCAUGCAGCUGAAGUUGACAAACGUGAGCUCUUCCAGGCCCUAUUUAAAGACCACAUUUUGAGCAGUCUCUUUCCUGGACUACAAGACUUUCCUCCACCUUUUGCAACCCAGGCUCCAGAGCCAUUUGAUACCAAACUACCCAAGCUGGAAUUAGACAAUGUAAAGAUGCUAAAUGAAGAUAUGAUCCCAGAUUUUUCCACACCAGUUUCUUUGCCUGAUUUUAAAGCCCUUUCUCAGUUCUUUCAGUCAAACUGUAUUAUAAGCCCAAAGAAACCAAAGGAGGAGGAAUGCUUGUUGGAAGAAGAGAGAGCAAUAGAACAACCCUUGGAGAGCCAACCCUCUGGACCUGAACUGGAAUUAAUAAACUCGCUAGAGUAUACCGAGAAUAGAGUAGAUUGCAAGGAAGAUGAAGUGAGUCAGCUGCACCAGACGAAGGAGCAAGUACAGAAAUUCAUAGCCACCGUGAGGAAUGAUCUUGGUUUCGUUGAAGGAAUGCCUUCACAGUGA